CGCAUGCGCGGCAGGACAGGCAGCUGGAAGCUGCCCCUUUUAUCAGCUCCACGGUCGUUACGUAGACCAUGGCUGAGCUCCACAGACGCGGCGGAGGGAGAUCUUCGGCUACUGGGGGAGCAUCUUCCCCCUCCACCGGGGGCCAUAGGGAAACAUCCGGAGACACCUCCACGGUCUUCGUCAAACUGCUCGCCGCGGCUUUUUACGGCGUCAGCUCGUUUCUGAUCGUUGUUGUCAACAAAAGCGUCCUCACCAGCUACAGGUUUCCGUCAUCAACAUGUGUUGGGAUUGGCCAGAUGCUGGCCACCAUAGUGGUCCUGCGGACUGGGAAACUGUUGGGUGUCAUCUCAUUCCCAGAUCUGGACUUGACCAUACCUGGCAAGAUGUUUCCUCUGCCGCUGCUGUAUGUGGGGAAUCAGAUCUCAGGCCUAUUCGGGACACAGCGACUGAACUUACCCAUGUUCACGGUUCUGAGGAGGUUCAGUAUUUUUCUCACCAUGGUGUUUGAGGGAUUCCUGCUGAAGAAGACCUUCUCUGCCUCCAUAAAGAUGACAGUGUUCACCAUGAUCUUUGGUGCUUUUAUCGCUGCAAGCGCCGACUUAGCUUUUGAUAUUGAAGGAUACAUUUUCAUAAUGCUCAACAACAUCCUGACGGCAGCCAGUGGGGCUUUUGUGAAGCAGAAGCUGGAGUCCAAGGAGCUUGGAAAAUACGGACUGCUGUAUUACAAUGCGUUGAUCAUGAUUUUCCCCACGCUGGCAUAUGCAUAUUACUCAGGAGACAUACAGAUGGGACUGGAAUACCAAGGAUGGGCUGAUCAGCUGUUUGUUGUGCAGUUUGUGCUCUCCUGCGUCAUGGGCUUUGUCUUGAUGUACUCCAUCAUGCUGUGCACGCAGUGUAACUCAGCACUCACUACCUCCAUUAUCGGCUGCAUCAAAAACAUCCUGGUCACGUACAUUGGGAUGGUGUUUGGAGGAGAUUAUAUAUUCACCUGGCUGAACUUCUUAGGUCUAAACAUCAGCAUUGCUGGCAGCCUGGUGUACUCCUAUAUCACUUUCACACAAGAACAAACCAAAAAGGCAUAAAUCUUGGACUGCAAACCCAGCGAAGGUGAAGAGUGAUGAUCGCCCACCCAGUCCGUGAAGUCCGCACACUUCCAAGAGAAAUGAUCUGACUUUUUAACUUUGCAGAUGUCUCUAUAGUUUCUAGAAAACUUAUGAAUUUUCUAAGCAAGAUUUUAACAUAUAAAGUCAGGAUGAUUUAGUGAUUGUCUCACUGCAAAACCUGAUCAUUUUUCCUAAAACAAGCCAAUUUGCCCUUAAAUUGAGCAGGUGAAUAAGAUGAGCUGACAAUGGAACAAGUAUUUUUCCCCCUUAGAAUAAGAUACUUGCAGUCAUAUGAAAAGGUUUGGGCAUCCCUAUUAAUCCUAAUUAUUGUUAUUUCUAAAUAUUGCAACAGCUACUUAAGUUUGAUAUAUCUAAUAACUGACGGACACAGUAAUAUUUCAGUAUUGAAUUGAGGUUUAUUGAACAGAAAAUGUGCCGUACGCAUUAAAUCACAAUUUGACACGUGCAGAAACAUGGACACCUAAGAUAAAAAGAGACAUUAAUAUUUAGUAGAUCCUCUUUUUGCAAAAACAACAGCCUCUAGUCGCUUCCUGUAGCUUUUAAUGAGUUCAUGGAUCCUGGAUGAAGGGAUUUUUGAUUAUUCUUCUUUGCAAAACAAUUCCAGUUAAGUUAAGUUUGGUCUUGCUUGCUUCAAAUCAUCCCACAGAUGUUCAAUGAUAUUCAGGUCUGGGCAUUGGAAUCGUUCCUCUGCAUGAAUGCCUGAGUAGAUCUGGAGCGCUGUUUUGGAUCCUUUGUCUUGCUGAAAUAUCCAUCCCGGGUGUAACUUUAACUUCUUAACUGAUUCUUGAACAUUAUUCUCAAGAAUCUGCUGAUAUUGAGUGGAAUCCAUGCGACCCUCUACUUUAAAAAGAUUCACAGUGCCAGCAUUAGCAACGCAGCCCCAAAGCAUGUGCUUUUGCAUACCUCAAGCGAUUCUGUUUGUGCUUGCAGAAAAGGCUUCUGUCGCAUUACUCACCCAUACAGCUUCUCCUGGUGCAAAGUCUGCAGAAUUGUUGAACGAUGCACAGUGACACCAUCUGCAGCAAGAUGAUGCUGCAAGUCUUUGGAGGUGGUCUGCGGGUUUUCCUUGACCAUUCUCACCCUUCUUUGCCACUCUGAUAUUUUUCUUGGCCUGACACUUUUGGGCUUAACAAGAACUGUCCCUGUGGUCUUCCAUUUCCUUACUGUGUUCCUCACAGUGGAAACUGACCGUUUAAAUCUCAGAGACAACUUUUUGUAUCCUUCCCCCGAACGAUUAUGUUGAACAAUCUUUGUUUUCAGAUCAUUUUAGACUUGUUUUGAAGAGCCCAGGAGAUUCAAACAGGAGAACAACUUGCAACUGGCCCCCUUAAAUACAUUUUCUCCUGAUUGGAUACACCUGGCUAUGGAGUUCAAAUCUUAAUGAAGUUACCAAACCAAUUUUAUGUUUCAGUAAGUCAGUGAAAAGUAGUUAAGGGUAUUCGAAUCAAUAAAAUGAUCAGGGUACCCAGAUUUUUGCACCGGUCAAAUUUUGUUUUAAUGCGUACUGCACAUUUUCUGUUAGUCCAAUAAACCUCAUUCGAUACUGAAAUAUUACUGUCCAUCAGUUAUUAGAUGUAUCAAACUGAAAUAGCUGUUGCAAACACCCAAAUAUUUAAGAUUAAUAGGGGUGCCCAAACUUUUUCAUAUGACUGUACAUAUUCUCCACUAGAAAUAAGUAGUUUUUGUUGUUUUUUCUUGUUCUAAAUGUUAAUCAUCUUUUUUCCAUUGGAAAAAUACCU